AUGCCUUCCUAUUUGCUGAUGAGCUUCGUAGUCCUUGUUUGCUGUAAUGCACCGAUCAGUCUGGCAGAUACGAUACCAAUUUUCCCAUCGGAAAAACUGUCCAUCGCCGAAGGUGCCGGUUUUCUCGCCUUUCUAAACCCGAAUGGUGGAGCCGAAUUGCGUAAAGCUGUGGUAACCGAUGGACACUGGAUUCAUUGCUCCGUGUCAGUUAACAACGUGCAGUACAGUCUGGACAGUGAUCAGAUUCAUCGGAUCGGUGAAAAAACCACCGUCGAGCGAUACGAUACGGAACGGUGUGGCAUCCGGGUGAAAAACCUUCAGAAAGCGCUCGAAACCAAAUGGACUUUAUAUGGCACCGAUCAAGAUGGUGGCGAUAGAACAGGUGUUCUCGAAGUGACCGUUUUGUCAUUAAAAUUUAUCGAUGAGCUAAAUGUUACCGUAAGUGGAACCAGUUCAACCGCGACGGUUAACUGUCCGGAUAAGGAUAGUUCCCGGUACUGUCGCAUCGUCGAUGCGGAACAAGUAGUGUACGAAUCCUGCGCAAAAUCGUUCAGUCUUACGCAGCAGAUCAGCCACUUCUGGUGUCACGUAAUGUUCUGGGGCGCAAUGACGGAAAGGAUCACAAAGAUUAAUCUGUUCGUCGAUGAGAAUGAUCGCGACGUUAAGACAACGGUGGAGGAAACGGAGGACCAUAUUGUGCUGUCUUGCCAGUACCGCUCAUCGGUUUCACUGUGCCGCGCCUUAUCGGAAACAGAUAAUCGCCAGUACUUGUUGCUUGAUGGUCAGCUCACCGGGCGUUACUCGGCGUACAAUACAAAAAUUUCGAAAGGACUCUGUUCGUUGGAAAUCAAAAAACCGCUUGCACCGGCAGACGUUGGCGUGUGGCGCAUCUUUCAACAGCUGAACCCAUCCGACUAUACCGGGUGUGUGUUUGACGUUAAGGGUAAACGGUUCUCCAGAGGACGGACCGUGCGUACGCGUAGCUCCCCCGUUAAAAGCAGCCGACUGGAGCUGACUGCAACCAACAUCGAAAUUUUCCAUGAUCCUCGCUCAUCUAGCGCUACGGUACAGGAGCUGUCCUGUGAGGUACCGUACGCCCUCGACUACUGCUACCUCUCCGGGCCGAAAGGCAGCGAUUAUACACCGCAACGGUUUGAUCGCUUUAAAUCGCUCGGUAUCUGUCGGUUUGAGGUUACCAACAUUACGAGCGGCAUGUGGGCUUGCGGCAUUAACGAUCUCGAUGGUGCGGAGGAUCAUCUCACGUACUACAACGUGAGUGUGUUCCAGCAACCGGGGAAAACCGUUACCGGCCAGCUUACAGCCAGCACAGGUGAUCGCGAACAGCGACUACUCUGUCGCACGAUACUAGACCUCCCGAUCGAUAUCUGCCGCUUUGUCGAUCCGUCCGGGGAGGUACAUGGUGUGUCAAACCAGAUGAAACCAUCGGCUGAUGCACGUUACCGGUACUACGGGAAGGGAUUGCGCGAGGGCGAAUGUGGGCUGGAGAUAACGGAGCUGCGGGAAAAGGACAUUGGCUGGUGGAAGUGCUUGUUUAAGGUGCACGGACGGGAGUACGAAAUAUCGAUGGAGAUUGUUGAAGAAGCUUUGAGCGUCGGUGUGAUAAUAGGGAUCAGUAUUGCGGCCACUGUAGUGCUUGGUAUAAUCGGAGUCUUCGCCUAUCGGAAGCUGAAUCGACGGUACACCGGACCAUCCUAUACUGUUUCGUCUAGCAUGACGAAUGUAUCGAAUGGUUCACAUCAGUCUUGA